AUGCAGCUGCGCUGGAGCGGCCACCUGGUGCGCAUGGACGACGAGCGACUACCCAAACGACUCUUCUACGGAGAAGUCGCGACGGGUUCUCGUCGUCAAGGAGGCCAGAUUCGCCGUUACAAGGAUACCCUGAAGUCCUCCCUGAAAUGCCUGCAAAUCAACCCCAACAACAGGGAGGAGCUCGCACUCGAUCGACCGACCUGGAGGAGGACAGUGAAGACAGGCGCUGCGAUCUACGAAGCCAACCGCAUCGCUGCCGCCAAAGCGAAACGUGAAGCCCGCAAAUCACAAUGUCGCCCAGUAAGCAACGCCGCCGCACAACCGCUUCCAACGUGUCCUCGAUGUCAACGGACAGUCCGGGCUCUAAUCGGACUUGUUGCACAUCUUCGGAUUAACUGCGCCUCUCGAACGGCACCAACCAUCGUCCCCCGCCUGCCUCUUCCUCCUCCUUUCCGCCGCCAACUAACCUUGACAAUUCUUCUGACUCACCACUUCCAUCAUCCUCCUCCUCGCCCACUGCUUCAACGGCGGCCGCUCAGGCGACUGUCCCGCGCACAUCAACCGACACUACCGCCACCUCCCCCGACUCCAGGCAUGAGGAUCAGGACUACACCUGCCCUCACUGCGACCGUACCUUCACCUCAAACCUCGGCCUGGUCGGUCACUUGCGAAUCCAUCGCACAGAGACUGGCGAACCAGUGCCUGGAGCACCCACCUAUACCCACCAAGCUCGUCUCAACUGCCCACACUGCCCUCGCACUUUCAGGCGUCGCAUGGGCCUAUUCGGCCACAUGCGCAUCCACGACGACCUGCGGUAGACAACCGCCGGUCACACCACACAUUCACUCACUCCCUACCUCCUCCACCACCACCAUCACCCCACCAGAAAUCAACAUUCACACACAUCAUGCACCCAACUGCCACCUCCCACGCAAGUGGGAAGUCCGCAUCUCGACUCGGUCCCCAUGCGGCUUCGGCUGCACGGUGGACUUGAGUCCGAGACUAUCCCGACACGUCAAGCGUCGUGGAUAG